UUUUUAACACGAGAGAAAACCAGAACAGAAACAAAACAGACCCCGGUGAUUUUUUGCUCAGGCAGUAUAUUUCUGGAGCUCGCGCGCUGCUUCGACUCUCGACGCCCACCCUUGCCCUGCGCGAUCUGCGUCAGUUGAUUUAGUUGAAAUGGGGGAAAAUUGUCAAAGCUGUAGAUCAUGGGUGGACGACAUUUACUGGACCCGUUUCCAAUUCGUCCAUUUUGCCCUCUUUCUUCCCAAAGGCUUUGAUCUACAACUUGCACUGCCCAAAAAUUUUUCCGAUAAUUUAAGAAAGAAUUUGCCAGAUUAUGUGACUCUCAAAGGUCCUGGUCGCGAUGAGUGGAGUGUUGGACUGACAACCAGAAAUGAUACCCUGCACUUCACGCAUGGCUGGCAACAAUUUGUAAAAGAUCAUUGCUUGGAAGAGAAUGAUCUGCUGGUCUUCAAGUACAAUAAUGAAUCGCAGUUUGAUGUUCUGAUAUUUGGCCGAGGGAGCUUCUGUGAGAAGGCUGAUGCUUAUUUUGUAAGGAAAUGUGGGCAUACAAAAAAGAGAAUCAGAGAUAACCAUCCGGAAGAAGUCAAUUUCCCUUCUAAUAUUCGCUCUGGACAUGCUUCACCGGAGAAGUUUGUGCAUGGUGAGAGUAUUGGGGUACCGGCAGUUGUCCCCUCUGAAAUUAGUAGCGAAGAGGCCUUUGAUGCUGGUGUGGAAUUUGCCUCCCCUGUGACAGCAAUUCCAAUGGUUGGAACGGAAGUCCAAACUAAGCAGAGAGGAGGACCCAGAGGAUCUAAAGCCCGUGGAGGCAGAGCUAACUUGAUAUCUGAUGCUGAACCUUCAUCUGCGGGCAGAAAUAAGACGAAUGAAAUACUAUAUAUUUCAAGCAGAAGGCCCGUCACUGAAGAUGAGAAAACGAGUGCCCUCCAAUUGGCUCAGGCAGCUUGUACUGACCAUGGUUUCUACAUAAUCAUGCGUCCCACACAUGUAUACAAGAGAUUCUAUGCGUCAAUCCCGAGCAAGUGGUUAGCGGAACAUCUAUCUCCUCACUCAGAAGAUGUAAUAUUGCGCUCGGGAGGCAAUGAAUGGCUUGCCAAAUACAGCUAUGAACAUGGCCGUCGAACUGGUGGUCUGACUGGUGGGUGGAAACAGUUCGCUUUGGACAAUAACCUUGAAGAAUUUGAUGUUUGUGUGUUUGAACUAGUUGGUCAAAAGAAGCCAUUGAUCAUGGAUGUGACAGUAUUCAGAGUUGUUGAGGAGUGCUCUCCUCUGGAUAAAGUGGAGUCUGGAGGAAAACGAGGCCGAAAUGGCAUCCAGUCAUAGAAAUGCGGGGGAUGCGCGCUUUGUGUAUUGUAGGGUUGUAAGAUAAAUGGUAAUCGUUUCUUCUUCUCCCCGCGCCCCCCCCCCCUUUUUAAUGGUGAUCUUUCGCCCGCGGAUCAUGUUCAAGUUUUUUAUGUAUGGCUGGGAAUUGGGAUGGACUAGUUUUAUGUUUGUAUGGUUGAGAGGUUUCAAUUCCUUCGAAAGUGUCAUCACUCUGGGGCUGCCUACUCCCGCUGAGAAGUGCUUUGGUAAGAUGGUGAAGUCCCGCUGAGAAUCGCUUUGGUAAGAUGGUGAAGUCAUUACUCAUCAAUUACCGCCGGUGAGAUUUUCCAGAUUGCUGCCCUCAUGAAUGAAUUCGAAUUUGACUCACAAUUCCUAAGGUUUAGAGAAUUAAAGAAGAAACCGGAAUGACAUGGUGGAGACUGCGACAUUCCUUCAAGUUAGGUUUGAACGUAAAUGGAAUAAAAUAAUACUGGAAAAAUUAUGGGGUUCUCUCUCUCUUCAUUUAGGCGGUGUUCUUAUUGGUUCUUGUGUGAUCUUUGUGCUCUCGCUUCUGGUUACUGGAUUGUUCUUCCUGUGGCGUUGGGUUUCUUUCAAAAUGUUUUUACCAA